AUGGCGGGAUCAGAAACCAACGAUGAAGCCCCAACGACAGCACAGGUCGAGAUGGGAGAGGCUGCAGCGUCAGCUGACGGCAAGGUGAUUCUCGCAAUCGAAGCCAAAAGCGCUGCCGACAAUGAACACCAGAUGACGUUGUGGACGGCACUGAAACUGUACCCCAAGGCAAUUGGUUGGUCGGUAUUGCUGUCAUCUACCCUCAUCAUGGAAGGAUACGACUUGGCCCUACUCAGUUCACUCUACAACUCGCCCGUAUUUAACCAAAAGUUUGGGACUCAGGAUCCCAAGACGGGCAAGUGGGCCGUGUCGGCAGCGUGGCAAUCAGGACUAUCAAAUGGUGCCCGGGCCGGAGAGAUCCUUGGUUUGAUACUUGCUGGGUGGACGGCAGAUCGGUUUGGGUAUAAGAAUACUAUCAUCGGCAGUUUGGUCCUGAUGAUUCUGUUCAUCUUCGUGCUCUUCUUUGCGCCAGAUGCGAAGACAUUGGUGAUUGGAGAGAUUCUGUGCGGAAUCCCCUGGGGCGCGUUCCAGUCUGUAACACCGGCGUAUGCCUCCGAGGUGGUACCGCUCGUGCUACGACCGUAUCUCACGACCUUUAUAAAUAUGUGCUGGGUCAUUGGGCAGUUCUUUGCCGCGGCUGUCAACAAGGGAUCCAUAGGCCGAACCGACGAAUGGGCCUACAGAAUUCCUUUCGGAGUGCAGUGGGUUUGGCCGCUGCCAAUCCUCGCCGGCGUCGUAUUCGCCCCCGAAAGCCCCUGGUGGCAUGUCCGACACAACAACCGCGAGGGAGCGAGGAACAGCCUCUUGAGGCUGACCAGUCCUCAAGAUCAAAGCUUCAAUGUCGACGAGACGAUCGCUAUGAUCGAGCAUACGAACAAUAUGGAAAAGCAAUUGAAAGCUGGGACAUCGUUUCGGGAUUGCUUCAAAGGUAUCGACCUAAGAAGAACCGAGAUUGUGGUAGGAAUCUGGCUUGUGCAGACACUUGGCGGACAGAAUAUCAUGGGGUACUUUUCCUAUUUCCUCACCCAGGCUGGUAUGGAAGCGAGCAAUUCGUUCUCGCUAUCCAUGGCGCAAUAUGCGCUCGGUAUUAUCGGCACCGCCGGGUCUUGGUUCCUGAUGGCACGAGCUGGGCGUCGAACGAUCCAUUUCUCCGGUCUUUGUGUGCAAUUCUUACUGCUCGUCAUCGUAGGAUCACUGGCCUUUGCGGGGACCAAAGCUUCCGUGUGGGCAAUAGGGGCCUUGCUAAUCAUAUUCACCUUUGUUUAUGACUUCACCGUCGGACCCGUCACCUAUUCCUUAAUAUCAGAAUUGUCAAGCACGCGACUCAAGGCUAAGACGAUCGUGCUAGCCAGGGCCGGCUACAACGCGAGCAAUAUCUUCGUCAAUGUCAUGACAAACUAUCAGCUAAGCUCCACGGCUUGGAACUGGGGAGCAAAGGCAGCGUACUUCUGGGCCGGUACCUGUCUCUUCAGUGCCGUUUGGGUGUUUUUUCGUCUGCCAGAACCAAAAGGCCGAACGUACGCGGAAUUAGACGCCCUCUUCGAACGUCGGAUUCCAGCUCGCCAGUUCGCUAGAACCAAGAUCGAUCCGUAUUCGACAUCAAUCGACGAGCCGGAGCGGUCAUCGACGGAUAAGAGACCCGAUGAACGAGUGCAGGAGUCGUCGGUGUGA